AUGGCAUCGCAAGUCGCAAAGUCCCUAGUAAAAGCCGCUCGUCCCAAUUCGACGGUGAAAUUUAACACAGCCUGCCGAGCUCUGAGUGUAGGAGCAGCGUUACAGCAAAAAAAGAGUCUUCAGGACCGCACAGGCAAGAAUGUUGUGCUCGUUGACGGUGUACGAACACCUUUCCUUGUCUCAUUCACUGAUUACGCCAAAAUGAUGCCUCACGAGCUAGCCCGACAUUCACUAUUGGGUUUGCUUCAAAAGACCGGCAUUCCCAAGGAGGUAGUUGACUAUAUUGUGUAUGGUACAGUCAUACAAGAGGUAAAGACGUCCAACAUUGGUCGUGAGGCAGCCCUGGCCGCAGGGUUCAGUGACCGGACCCCGGCCCAUACUGUCACCAUGGCCUGUAUAUCAUCAAACCAAGCCAUCACCACUGGUAUUGGCAUGAUAGCUGCCGGCGCUUAUGACGUCAUAGUGGCUGGCGGAGUAGAGUUCAUGUCUGAUGUACCUAUCAGACACUCACGCAAGAUGAGGUCGCUCUUACUGAGGCUGAACCGAGCUAAGACACCGGCUCAGAGACUAUCGCUGCUGGCAUCUAUAAGACCUGACUUCUUUGCUCCCGAGCUUCCAGCCGUAGCCGAGUUCUCAUCGGGUGAGACCAUGGGUCAUAGUGCUGACCGUCUGGCAGCAGCCUUCGGUGCAUCUAGAGAGGAACAAGAUCAAUACGCACUGAGAUCACACACACUCGCACACCAGGCACAGCAGAACGGGUACUUCACGGAUCUUAUACCUGUUAAAGUGGAAGGCAAGGACGGUGUUGUUGAUAAGGACAAUGGUAUCCGAGUGUCCACUCCCGAGCAGCUGGCCAAGCUUCGUCCGGCCUUCAUCAAGCCACACGGCAGCGUUACAGCUGCUAAUGCAUCCUUCUUGACCGACGGUGCAUCUGCUUGUCUGGUGAUGUCCGAGGCUAAAGCCAAGGAACUGGGGCUCAAGCCCAAGGCUUAUCUGAGGGACUUCACUUAUGUAGCUCAGGAUCCAGUGGACCAACUCCUUCUUGGGCCAGCUUACGGCAUCCCCAAGGUUCUGGACAAAGCCGGCCUUAAACUGAGUGAUAUUGAUACUUGGGAAAUUCAUGAAGCUUUUGCUGGACAAAUUUUGGCCAACCUAAAGGCUUUGGACUCCGAUUGGUUUGCUCAGAAAUAUCUCGGCCGUCAGUCUAAGGUCGGUUCUCCUGAUUUGGAUAAAUGGAACAAGUGGGGCGGCUCUCUCUCCAUUGGACAUCCAUUUGCUGCUACUGGGGUUCGUCUCGCGAUGCACACGGCCCACCGCCUGGUCCGUGAAGACGGUCAGUUCGGUCUCAUUAGCGCGUGCGCAGCGGGCGGGCAAGGAGUCGCCAUGCUGCUCGAGAGACACCCGGACGCUAAACAUGACUAA